UACUAAAGUCUAAGCCGUAUUUGGGUGUCGUUCAAGUAGCAAUCCAAUGGAAGUUAUUUCUGCUAUGGAUUAAGAGUUAUCAAUGACUCUUGGUGUCACUGGGACUUAGAAAAAACUAUCUCUAGAAUAUCUCAUGGAUUUGGACCUUAAUUUCUUUAAGCUAGGCUACCUGUCACAGUCGGAUUCGCUCAGCUAGGUUUAUGACUCAGGCGGUCGCCGGGAUACAUCCACCUCCACGGAGCAAUAAAGUACACUGUAUCGCUGAAAUUCGCGUCAAACGACUUAAGUUACCCAUAGAAAAAGGAACUGUACCUGAGUCUCAUACCUUAAGAAACAUCAUCGGACUUUUCUUUGGAAUCUAAUGGAAAUUAUGCAGGAUUUUCUGAGCAAAUAACGCCACACUGACUCGGUAAUCGAUUGAUCCCAUUGUAAUUAAUUUGACUUUAAUCACCGGCGUUGACAAGGCUAGGUCAACAUGUCGCUACCUCACCUCGGCUCAUCCUACAUCACGACGACUUCAAGUCUCUCCACGUCGCUCUCGCAGACUCAGAGUGCGAUGUCCACGCCGCGCACGACAUGUUGCGAGGGCGGCCGACCCGUCAUGACAGACCCUCACACUGGCCACACGGUCUGCUCAUGUCAGUACAGUUCAAGUCUGUUGAGUUAUCCCCGUGUGGCAGGCCUCACGGACGGCAUGUACGGUACAGCGGCAUACGCCACUCAGGGCUACGGGGCACUCAGCGUCGACCCUUCUGCUUUUUAUUCACCCUUGAGCUCAGCCUACGGUUAUAAAGAGGGUUCAGAUGCGUGGCGAGGGCUGACCCAACCCACAGCUUACUACCCGUACGAUCCAACCAUGGCGGGGUAUCCCUACGGUAACAGUUACGGUGGUAUGGACCUGAAUGGUGCAAGACGGAAAAAUGCCACUCGGGAAAGCACAAGUACACUAAAAGCAUGGCUUAAUGAACACAAAAAGAACCCCUACCCCACCAAGGGGGAAAAGAUUAUGCUCGCCAUCAUUACAAAAAUGACCUUGACCCAAGUGUCUACGUGGUUCGCGAACGCUCGCAGACGAUUGAAGAAGGAAAACAAGAUGACCUGGUCCCCAAGAAAUAGAUGUGACGAGGAUGGCGAGAAAAUAGACAGCGAUGCUGAUGAUGAUGGUGAUGGGGACAAGGAUGACAUCAAGUCGCCGAUAGAUGAUGCUAGUAGUGAUACGGGUAAAUCAUUGAGUGACCACGACCCCCUCUGCUCAAGUGUCUCACCGAGUUCGUGUUCACUGGACCUAGACCGCAAGGUGUCGCGCCUUGACGCAUCAGACGCCCUCAAAGAUACGCAAAGUCCCGGAGACCUAUCAUCCCCACACGACGCUUUCAACAUAAACGGAGAUAAACCUCGGAUCUGGUCUCUCGCUCACACUGCUACCUCGACGAGCCCUCCACUCGGGCGGCGGUCGCCUGAUUUGAUCAAAGUCGGGCCGACGGACAACCUUACUAAUACCAUAGAUAGCUACGGAGCGUCUUUAGCCAGUGUGCGGCAGUCGAUGCCGCAAGGGUACGCUCUAGGAAACCAGGGUGGUUUCAACGGGGGAUACUCCCUAUCUCAACGAACACUAGGUGGCGGAAUUGGACAAUCUACUGCCACUUCGAUGUCGUCUGGCCUUAAUAACUUGAAUAGCUUGAAUAGGAUGGGAUCUAUGUCGUCGUAUGUGCCAAAUGUCGCCAGCGGGCUGGGAAAGCCGAACUUUCUGUCUUCGAACUCUUUAAGUCAGGGCUAUAGCUAUCAGUCUCCGUCCCACCCCGCUAUUUUAAACAACCUACACAACGGACUCUCCGAGCACAAAGUCAAUGACCAUCAACAAAAGGACCUCCUACGCAUCAAAACCGACCUAGAUCAGUCGAUGAUGAACAAUGAUCAUUGCACAGCAUUUAAACCGGUCAUGAAAAUGUGACAAUUCGAGAACUUUGAGGAGGAUUCGCAAAUCGGGACAUUUUAAUAAGAAGACUAUAGAAGAAU